AUGGAUUCGGUUUUGGAUGCAUUUUCUGCGUGCGAGUGUGCUUACCGGGACGUGGGAGUCACGCGCGCUCCUCUUAGGGUCGGUGGCGGAGAAAACGGUGUAGACGAGGACGAAUGUGCCGAUUAUCUCGGCGCCGAGCGCCGUGCCGAUGUUGUACCCCUGGGCGACGGAGUUGGCGCCGCCGCCGAAGCGGUUGUAGGGGCUCUUCAUGAUGGCCUUCACCAGGCCGACGCCGCACACAGCGCCGAGGCACUGCGCCACCAUGUACGCCACCGCGCGUAUCAGAGACACCUUCCUCGCCAGGAGCAGACCGAAGGUUACCGCCGGGUUGAUGUGUCCGCCUGA